AUGAUCUUGGUUAGAACUACUGGAGGGGAUGCUAAAGGCAAGCUUGCGGGCCUUGUUAGUAGUCCGCCGUACAGUCCAAGUGAUCAAAUUUUGGGGCUUCAGACAAAUGGUGAAAAGCAAUCCAAAUUUCUUGUACAUUUUAUGGUGAACCAUCCAAAAAGCAUGUUUCAAGAUGUAACAAUAGUAGCUGAUUUUUCUGGUAUUGAACUUCUUGUCACAUUCUGCCAUAUACGUAUAGCUGCUAAUUCCGCUACUAAAUACACAUCACAGCCGUCUAUUGACACACAUGCAGGAAGCAUCGAGAGGUGGAAUGCACAAAUAGGGAAUUUUGAGAUCAAGUAUGAAAUAUUAUCUUCCCCAAAGUCGCAAGUAAUCGCAUAUUUCUUGGCAGAAUUCCCUUUAAAAGAGGAUGAAAGUGUGGAAGAGAUGAUGGAUAUAGAUGAAGAAUGUGGGAAUCCUACAGACUUGUUAAUAGAUAACACUAGAUGGGAGAUAUUGGUGGAUGGAUCCUCAAAUGGAGAUGAUAGUGGAAUUGGAAUAGUUUUCAUCUCACCAGCAGGAACAAGAUUAGCAUAUUCAUUUAGAUUGGAAUUCGCAUCCACCAAUAAUGAAACUGAGCAUGAAGCGGUUGUGCACACGUUACGCUUGUCCAUUGAAAUGAAAUUAGAAUAUGCGCGAAUAACUAGUGACUCACAAUUGGUUAUUCGCCAAAUAGAAGGGGUAUAUAGAACAAAUGAGCCAUCCUUUCAAAAAUACAAGAAGCUUGUAGGAGAGUUAUCAGCACAAAUUCCGAAAAUAAAUUGGAGGCACAUUUCGCGGAAAGAUAAUCGGCUAGCAUAUGCGUUUGCUUUUAUUCCGUCUAUGAUGGUGGAUCCGACUGCGAGGGACAUAAAGAUACAAACACUCUUUUUACCCUCAAUUAAUAAAGAAAAAUGCGAAGAUGUAGAUGUAAUGCUAGUAGAUAAUGAAGAAGAUGAAAAGGCGAACAAAGCCGCAGAUUGGAGAACCCAACUUCAUUUGUAUUUAGAAAAAGGAGAAGUCCCAAGAAACAGGUUGGAAGCGCACAAGUUAAAGAGCAGAGAAACAAAUUAUGAAUUGAGAGAUGGUGUACUUUACCGAAGAUCAUUCCUUGGACCAUCACUUAGAUGUUUAACAAGAACAGAAGGAAUGGAAAUCUUGAAAGCAUUACACUAUGGAGAUGCAGGAAAUCAUAGUGGAGGAAGGUCUCUAGCGUAUAGAGAGAAAAUACAUGGCUAUUAUUGGCCAUACAUGCAUGAAGACGUGAAAGAAGUGUCAAGGCGGUGCGAAGAAUGUCAGCGUCAUGGAAAUAAAAUACACGUACCCGGGGCGAUGCUCAAGUCCUCCACAAGUGAAUGGCCAUUUGGAAAAUGGGGAUUCAGAAUCCCAACACAACUAGUUUCUGAUAAUGGAAAACAAUUUGAAGGAGAAAAUAUAGAACUGUUACUUAAUGCGUUCAAAAUCCAAAGCGGGAAGUCCACUCCAUUGUCUCCACGAAGCAAUGGUCAAGCUGAGGCAACCAAUAAGACAAUUGCAGAUACGUUGAAAAAGAAAUUGGAAAGACAUAAUAAAGGAUGGUGCGAAAAAGUACAUAAUGCAGUAUGGGCAUACAGAACAACUAGAAGGGAGGCUACAAGAAUGUCACCUUUUUGCCUGACAUAUGGAGUUGAAGCAGUAUUUCCAACUAAGGUUAUAAUUCCUACAACUAAGCGAGAAGCAUGGGAAAAGAAUUUAAGUGUGGAUUUAAUCCUAACAAAAUUGGAUGAUUUAGAAGAGCGAAGAGAAGUUUCUUUGCGACAUAUGGAAAAUUACCAUCAGAGGAUAGCUCGAGAAUAUAACAAACGCGUAAAAAUAAGAGAUUUUCAUCCAGGAAAAUUAGUAUUGCGAGAGAUACCUCCUUAUCAGAGACGAAUUGAUGGAAUGUUGGAGAAAAGAUAG